AUGAGUGCACAAUUAGAGCAAAUUACGAAUCUUCUGAGUCAAAGAGUGAUGGGAACACUACCAUCUCAACCUGAGCCUAAUCCAAGGAAGCAAUGCAAUGCCAUUACUCUAAGAAGUGGGAAAAAUUUGAAUGGGACGAAAACACAUAAGUCAUGCAUGCCUGUGCUGAAGGAGGAGCACGCCCUUGCAUCACCUUGCACGCCUAUGCUGCCUGAAACAAAAUGGUCGUGCUUAGAACAGCAUGCCCUUGCAGACAACGAAGGCACAAUUGUGCUAGACGGAAGCAAGGUCGUGCUCAACGAAGGCACGCCCGUGCUGGAUGAUGAGAAAGGUCGUGCUUACCACCCAUAUGUGAAAAAUGAGACAAGGGAAGAUGCAUCAGUGGUAACAAAACUGAAAGUUCCAUUUCCACAACGAUUGAUGAGUAGCCAGAGAGACCCUCAGUUUAAUAAGUUCCUUGGGAUCCUCAGAAAGCUCCACAUCAAUAUUCCUUUUGUUGAACCCAUAUCACAGAUGCCGAAAUAUGCUAAAUUUCUCAAGGAGAUGCUAAGCAGCAAAAAGAAAUUGGAAGAAUUCGAGACAGUCAGAUUGAAUGAGGAGUGCUCAGCAAUUUUACUAAGGAAGCUGCCGCUUAAGCUUAAGGAUCUAGGGAGUUUUAUAAUUCCUUGCACUAUAGGCAAUUCUUAUUUUGAUAAAGCGCUCUGUGAUUUAGGUGCUAGCAUCAAUCUAAUGCUAUUUUCUGUGUUUAAAAGGUUGGGUAUGCAAGAACCCAAGCCAACUUCAAUCUCUCUGCAGCUUACUGAUCGUUUAAUAACGUAUCCUAAGGGCAUAGUGGAGGAUGUCCUAGUCAAGGUAGAUAAGUUUAUGUUUCCUGCAGAUUUCAUUAUCCUUGACAUGGAAGAGGAUGACAAAGUACCCAUCAUACUAGGGAGGCCUUUCCUAGCCACAGGAAGAACGAUAAUAGAUGUUCAGCAAGGGAAGCUCACACUGAGGUGUUGGGGAGGCAAAGUUGUUGGGGAGACAAUUGCAUAUCAAGGGAGUCACCUUUGA